ACAAAUGAGAUGUCCUUUUAAGUGAUUGAUAUCUUGGCAUGUGUCGCAAUCUUAUUUUUCCCAACGUAAAAUUUUGAAUGAGUCGUCCCUAUGUUCUGAACUUCCAUGCUCAUCCCAGACAUCAGGUCGUCACUGAACCUCAACCAUGUCCAGCCCCGAAAAAAUCAUGGCAACAAUUAUUCACCCCUUCUGCUGUUUCUGUUCCCUCUAAACCUAAUGUUAUUGGUAGGCCAAACGUGAAGUCCCAACCAGAAGUUCGGAGCCCACCACAACUACUUGAUUCACCGAUUAACUUUGGACAGCUGCCACCAUCUACUUUACCCUCUCCUCCGACUGGAUUAACAAAAAGCAGUAGAUCUCUUCCAAUGUCAUCUGAAGCUAUAUUUCCUAGGAUUGGAGAAGUGCCAGAUCAACUUUUACCAGAGGAGUCAGAGAUUUUUGAAGAUCCUUGUUAUGUUCCAGACCCUAUCUCUUUGCUUGGGCCAGUCUCUGAAUCACUUGAUAACUUUGAUUUGGACCUCGGUUUUGUAGCAGAUACGGUAUUGGAAGAACCAUGUGCUUUGAAGACUACACCUGCACCAUCCGAACUCACUAAGCCAUCACCAAUUCAGUCCCCCUUGUCACGAUCACGAGCUUCAGAGGAAAGGCAUGGUAUAUCUUUCUUUUCCCCUAGUGCUCCUAAAGCCCAGGAUAAAUCCAAUGAUGCAAAUGACAGUGGAACAUGGCAGAUGUGGAAUAGUUCUCCUCUAGGUCAGGCUGGUCUAGGUUUGGCAGGUGGAUCUGUCAGCUGGCUUUUGCCCCCAGAACUGAGCAGACCAAAGGAAGAUAUUAUGCAUCUGGUACCUCAGAAAACAAUGGCCUCGCUGUUUAAGAAUGAUGAGCAAAUCCAUGCUGGCACUCAAUCUUCUCAAAAUGUUUUUCUUGGCAAUUUUGAGAAUGCUGGGACAUUUGAUAGUUCUGUGCCUAGCAUUGUUGAUGGUCCAUGGUUGCCAGAAACUUUAUAUUGCCCUACUUCAGGUCGUGAGAACCAAAUUUUGUUGAAUCCUAGGGAGAAAGCUGAUCAGAAUGGUAUGAUUUAUGGGAGUACCGGAGAUUGUUCUGCUAACCAACAAUUUGACUUAUCUACAGCUAAUUCUUGGACCAAAAAGGACUGGACGGGAGAGGGCUCCAGAGACAGCACUGGAAACUCUUCAACAUUGAGGCCCCAUAUUGAUGGCCUUUACUCCACCUCGGAUGUACAUCGUCUCUGGCCAUAUCAUUAAAGAUGAGGGAAUGACAUAGCCUAGCGGGACUUGAAUGGAAUGGCCUCUUUUAGAGAGAAUUUAGAAGAAUACUGGAUGUGUCAUGUCUUCCUUCUUUUCUAUACAAGGGUGAUUACUAAUAACAUUUAUAGUGGUGGAAUGCCUGCGCUCAACUAUAUUAAUUUUGUGAUUUAUGGCCAUUUUUACCCCUAACUGAUGUCUAAACCACGUUUGAUACAUAUUUAUAGAUCUAUA